AUGAGCACUAAAUCCGUCAGUCCAAAGAAGACAGACAGACCGCUUAAGACGGAGUCUGAAGUGAGCGUUAAUGCCGACACCAACGAAGACCAAGACCAUGCACUUCUUUCAGAUCCCGAAGACUAUCUUGAAGAUAACGAGUCCCUAGAUAUGAACCUAGCCAAUGGUGACCAGAAGAUAUGGUUAGUGCGGUUGCCGCGUUAUUUAGCCGAUAAAUGGUCCAACACUGAAGAAAUGUCCGGGAAGCAAUUGGGUCGAGUCAAGAUUAGAAACGUUCCAAGCAGUAGCAGUGCUGGUGCCAGUGCCAGUGGUAGUGGUAACGGCAAGAAGUUACAAGUUAAACUUUUGCUUAAUAAUGAAAACGGAGAAUACAAUCAAAUACCUCAAGAAUACGACAUUUCUAUUCUAAAUACUCAGGUGAAGAACUCGUAUGUCUUUAGUGAAGAGAAUUUAAAGAAGUUCAAGCAAGAAUUGACGGAAGUGGCUCAAUUACCUGAACAACCUCAAUUACAACCCACAGAAAGUAAUAAGAAGGGACUUAAGAAUAAACCUCAAGCUGGAGGUAAGAAGCCGUAUAGAUUUUUCAGAGUUCAAAAGAAUCGCUUGGGUGCUGAUGGUCAGCCAGUUAAAAAAUAUGUACCAUUUGUCAAAACUAUCCCCAAAAAGACUGCUUUAAUUGGGAAAAUCUGUCAUGAUUGUCAGAUUGUCCCCAGUAAAAGUGAUUCCAAAUAUUCACAAAUGCUUUUAAGAAGACAAGAGAUCCAAACCAAGCCUCGACCAAAAGUUACGUUACUCGAUGAGACUCCUGGGGUUAUUCAAUCGCAAACUGGACCUUCCAUUAAAGGUAAUAAUACUUCUGCAUUCCUUAGAUCCACUUUAACCAAAGAUAAGAAAGGUGGAGAAGGUAGAGCUAUUAGAAUGCCCAAAAAGGAUUUAUUGGAUUUAUUAUUCAGAUUAUUUGAAGAAUAUGAAUAUUGGUCUAUGAAGGGUUUAAAGGAAAGAACCAGACAACCGGAAUCUUAUUUAAAGGAAUCAUUGGAUUCAAUUGCAAAUUUGAUCAAGAAGGGUCCUUAUACUUCCAAAUAUAAUUUGAAACCAGAAUAUAGAAGAUUAAGAGAUGCAGAAAGAGCUGCAAGACUUGGUUUAGAAGACAAUACUGGUGAAGAUGAAAAGGAAGAUGAAGAUGAAGAUGAUAUUGAAAUGGAAGAUGUCAUUUAG